ACAGAUAUCAAAAGAUUUUAUAAGAAUGUGACGAUAGAAACAAUUCAAGGAGGAUUUUUGAUUAAAUUAGAUUCUAAGCCAUUGAAAACUCGCAAUGGGCAACAGUUGAUUGUGCCGAAUGAAUUACUAGCAGUAGCAGUUGCUACAGAGUGGGCGGUACAAGGAAAAAAGAUUGCUCCACAUAAUAUGCCUUUGACGGUAAUGUGUAAUGGAGCUCUAGAUCGACCUCGUAACGAUAAUUUAAGAGUUGAAACAGCACAAAUCAUGGAAUAUUUAGCCACAGACACUAUAUGCAUACGCGCAACUGAACCUAAUGACCUUGUUGCUGUCCAAAAUCAUUAUUGGAAUCCUUUACUUGACUGGAUGAAUGAUAGAUUUCAGGUACGGUUAUCUUGUAGUACUAGUUUUACUGGUGCUGAUCAUUCUCCAGCUGUCAAGAAUGCUAUUCAAGACGAAGUAUCGCGCCUAGAUGCUUGGUCACUAACCGGCUUAACUGUGCUCGUUGAAAGCUUAAAGUCACUUGUUAUUGCAUUGGCAGUUACUAAUCGCCAUAUAACUAUUGAUGAAGCAGUUGAUUUAGCAAGAUUAGAAGUAAACUAUCAAACUGCUAAGUGGGGAAAUGUGGAAUGGGCACACGACUUGGAGGUUUCUGAAUUAAAGUCAAAAACUGCUGCAGCUGCAAUCUUUUACCAAUGUAGCCAAAAUGUUACGGUCAUUGAUUAA